UGACUCUCCUUCCUCACACCCCUGCUCAUCCUCGGACCUGAGCCCCGCAGCUCGCCUUCCUAUUUCAAGACAAAGCUGCACCCAUGGCCGUCAAUAAAGCCAGAGUAGCGGUUGGAUUCCUGGUGGCAGGGACCCUGACCGUGGUGUUUGGGGCGGUGCUCCUCUUCACGGGACCGGCCGUGAUGAAUGACCAAGUCAUAAAGAACACGGUGAUCGACCCUAAGAAUGACAUGUCCUACACCAUGUGGAAGGACGUCCCUGUGCCCUUCUACAUGUCCGUCUACUUCUUCAACGUCCUCAACCCCAAAGAGGUCCUGAACGGAGAGAAGCCCAUGGUGGAGCAGAAAGGACCUUAUGUGUACAGGGUGCCUCCGUCAUGAUGGAGAACAUGCCCUUCCCGGUGCGUUUAAUGAUGAGCGCCACCUUCAAGACCUUCAAAGAGGGCCCGUUCCUGACCAAGCCCGUGGGGGAGCUGAUGUGGGGUUACGACAGCGGUCUGGUGGAUUUCCUCAAUAAGUACCUGCCCGGCAUGCUGCCCACAUCGGGGAAGUUUGGCCUCUUUGCUGACUUCAACAGCUCCAACACCGGCCUGUUCACCAUCCACACCGGUAAAGACGACAUCAGGAAAGUCCACAAAGUCGACUCGUGGAACGGCCUGACGGAGCUGAACUACUGGAGGACUCCUCAGUGCAACAUGAUCAAUGGAACAGCUGGACAGAUGUGGCCUCCCUUCAUGACCAGAGAGAGCACCUUACCUUUCUACAGCCCCGACGCCUGCAGAUCCAUGGAGCUCGUUUACCAGCGUGACGGACAGAUGAAGGGUAUCCCUCUGUAUCGAUAUGUUGCACCCAAGACUCUGUUCGCCAACGGGACGGAUUACGCCCCCAACGAAGGCUUCUGCCCCUGCAGGCAGUCCGGUCUGCUGAACGUCAGCAGCUGUCGACACAACUCUCCGGUCUUCAUCUCUCAUCCUCACUUCUUCAAUGCUGAUCCUGUGCUGCUGGACUACGUGCUGGGCCUUAAUCCCACAGAGGAAGAGCACGGCCUCUUCAUAGACAUCCACCCCCUAACGGGCGUCCCUCUGAAUGUGUCCAUCCGCCUGCAGCUCAACCUCUACAUGAAGAGAGUGUCAGGAAUUACAGAAACUGGGAAAAUUUCUGAGGUGGUGAUGCCAAUGAUCUGGUUUGAGGAGCGCGGCUACAUAGACGGCCCCAUCCUCACGAACUUCCACACGAACCUGGUUGUCCUCCCGACCGUGAUGGAGUACAUGCAGUACGGCUUCAUCGCCCUCGGCCUGGUUACCAUAGUGAUCGCCGCCCUGGUGCACCACAAAGUGAAGCGGCCUCGAGCCAAUUUGACAAUGUCUUCCACCGGAGUGGACAACCCUGCGGCCUCCUUUAAAGACUAUGGUGCACAUUACCAAGAAAGAAAGGAGAAAUGUACCGUAAAUAACUCAGAGAAGUAAAUGUGAAGGUGGCACCCCAUCAGAUGGAAACCCAAGCAGAGAGAAAGAUCCACUGCUAGAAGAUGAUACAGACUGACACACACACACACACACACACACACACACACACACACACACACACACACACACACACACACACACACACACACACACACACACACACACGGCUGGCAUUGUGGACUUCUCCUCGGCCACUAUCUGGAACUGAAACACUGAAACAUGGUGCUCCGCUCUGUAUUUUUUAAUGAGUCUUGCGCACAAGUGAAGCGGUGCCAUGUUUUUUUUUUUUAACCUUUCUGUGACGUUAAUGUUAACGUCCGAGACUCAAAGACUCGCUUCAUUAACUCUGUGUCCAGGCACUCGGGCUUGAAACACAACAAGUUAAGAUGCUCCGUCAUUUUAAAACCACUUUUCUGUACAAAAAACUACCACAGAAAACACUAUUUCCAGUUCAAUUUGCUCUGCUCACGGUUCGACGAGCGGAUAUUUCAUAGUUUAUCACUUCAUCUGUAGACAGUUACUGUUCAAAAAAAUGUCUCUGCAUCAACAACAAGGGAUCUGACGGCCGACUGCCUGGUGUCAAAUGUUUUACUGCCCACGUGCCUUUAUCGAGGAGGAAACACUCACCUCCGGGUCUUUGUAUUUAAUGUGACUUUUAAAAAUCAAAGAAUCAAACACUCCUCUGUCUUUCAGUGAGUCGAGCAGAGCGGACGCAUUCCUAACUCUAUACUACUGUCCUCUGUAAAGGUGUGAAUAUGUUUCGUGAAAUGGACGUGAAUAAUGACGUUUGUGUCAAAUGUCUCUUUAUUAUGAAGAAGCGAAUGAAUGAAUGAAGAGAAACCUAGAGGGAAUAAAUGUUUGUUUAAAAUCCU